UGAAGGCAGCGCGUUGCAGAGCCAUAUGAGGCUACGCCGCAUCACUGGACCUCGUGUGGAGCUCAGCUCGGUCCCGCCGCCAUGUCCCCCCGCUGACCGCAGGACCUGAUCCAUACCUCCAUACCUGCCCCAUACCCGUACCCGUACCUGCUGCUGUUCUGUCUGGCCGCUGGGCCGGCCGUGAUGUCGGCACCCAGCUGCUUGUAGCCCCGCGGAGCAGAGCGACUGAUCGGCCCGAGUCUUGAGGAGAGAAACCCGACAAUGGACGUGGAGACGUGGCGGGACGAGGCGUCCCGGCAGGCCGGGCUGCUGUCGGCCCGCCUGGGCGAGGCGCUGGCCCAGGGCCUGCAGUGGCUGGACGCCGGGCUGGAGCCCGGGUCGCUGCCGCCCUGGGCGGCCCCGCUGGCGGCCUGCGUGCUACUCUUGGCCGUGGUCUUGCUCGCGGCCUCCGUGUGGAGGCGCGCCGGCCCGGCCGCGGGCCACGUGGCUCCGGCCCCGGCUACGGGGGUUCCGGGGGGCCCCGGGAAGAGCCCCCGGGCCGAGGAGCCCCGCAGGAGGAGGAAGAGGGCCCAGCAGAACGGCAGGGCCGGGCCCGAGCCCCGGGAGGACGCGGGCCCGGAGGAGCUGCCACAUCAGCAGCAGGAUCCCCCAGCAGAGCCGGCCCGGCUGCCCGAGACAAAGAAAUCCAAGAAGAAAGCCAAACAGGCUGUAAAGGAAACCAAAACGGUAUCUGCAGAUCGCAAAGAACCAGAAGAAGGUACAUGGGAAACCAAGGUCAGCAACAAGGAGAAACGUGAGCAGCGCAAAAAAGACAAGGGUUCCAGCGACGGCUCAGCCAGCCCUGGAGGAGGAAACGCGUCUGCUAGCGCUCCCCCGGAGCAGCCCAAGGCCUCCGGAGCCUCCCCUCCUCCCGCCAGCCAGAAGAAGAAAAAAGACUCCGCAAAAGUAAAGACGGAGAAGGUGGAAGCUGGUGUUUCUCAAGUUAACAGCAGAGAGACUGUGGAGGUGGCAGCAGCAGCUACUGACAUGGCUAUUAAGGGUCGAGGUUAUACUGUUGCUCCAAAUUCAGGCUCCUGGACCCCUCCGACACAAGCAGCGCCACUGUGGAGGGCAGGGAUUGAUGAGUCGUGGACUGUGAUUGACCGGCAGCUGCCCUCCAAAGAGCUGAAGCUGGUGUCUUUGUCUGGACUGGGGGUUGGUCCUGCCAAGCCCCAGCCUGUGAGCGACCUGUCGUGGCUUAGUCAGCCCCGAGUGGACGAUGAGUGGUCUGGACUCAACGGUGGCUCUGCAGACCCCAGCUCUGACUGGAACGCUCCCUCUGAAGCCUGGGGCAACUACGAGGAGACCACCCCGAAAACUGCUCCGGCUAAGGAGCAGCCCCGCCCCGAGCCGGCCAAGGCCAAUCAGAUGGUAGCUGAAGUUGAUGACGAUGUUAAGGAUAAGGGAGAUGCCACCACUGACGGAGCAGCUAAAAACAAGAAGAAGAAAAAGAAGAAGAAGAAGGCUGCUGAAGAUGGGGGGGCAGCUGACCAGGUUGAGGAGCCCGUGAAGGAGACGCCGCCUGUAGUCUCGGGGAAGAAGCAGCCGCCUGUCCAGGAGAGUCCUGCUGCUGUUCCUGCCAGAGCAGCUGCCGGAGAGACGAGAGGUGAGCGAACAGCGAAGGACGUCAUAACCCAGAAACCCCCCGUCACACAAGUGCCACAGAAGCCGACUGAAGGAGAUCCCACUGCCAAGCAGAACAACCUCCCUGCUCCCCCACAGCAAAAAAAAGCGGAGGAGAGCCAAGCACCCAAACCAGCAAAGAAGAAGAAGGCGAGGAGAGAGACAUGAAGCGGCCGCCCUGCAAACCUCUGUAUGCAAAAGACUUCAUAUCAUGUUUAUGCAAACCUUCAGUGACAAGGACUUGGAGCUAAGAUCUUCCUUGAUGGACUCUUCCUUACAACCUGUCUCGAAAGUGAAACGACUUUUCUACACACAGUGUGUCAGUUGGUGGAUCAUUGAACGCUGAAACUAGACACAGUGCAAUCUAAUGUAAUGCGAUGUUAAUGAUUUAUAAGUAUGCAUCCAAUCUUCUGAUUGUGUCUUCUAAUUCCACUGAAUCAAAUAACUGAAGGAGCUGUAUAGUAGUCCUUAGACAUGUAGGAAAUACUGAUCAUUUUUAGGGUUUUUGUUUUGUUUUGUUUUCUUCAUGGUGGCUAAUGAGUAAUGUUUACUGUGAUGAGGAUUAAAACGGCUAAAGUGCUUCAGGUCACACAACACUGGGCCAUAUUGUUGAACUGGCCUUCGCUUUGCUCUUAAUUAAUUUGUUCUGACAUUUGUGAGCCACGCUGGCAAAACUGUAGCUGGUUUAACGAGAGCUGAGAUCAAAUGCUUCUGUCAGACUUAAUGGUUCAGGCUCAGGCUGUAAAUGAGCAUCAUCAGGCACAGAAAAGGGAAUCACGUCCGCUCUGUAUUUCUGCAUUCUCUCCUGCGAUUCUCAACAUGUCAUGGACUCUGUCCCCCGGUUUGUCCCGUGUCUGACAUUGUGCUGCAGUGUUUGAGCAACUGUCCUCUUGCUGUUUUUGACCGUUUGUGACGGCUUUCUGGCUGCAGCCACUCGGGCCUCAUGGCGACGUGCUAUUGCAGUGUCAUCAACCUCCUCAUGAAUUUCCUCCAUUGGUUGAUCCAGAAGUCUUCAAAACAUUUUGUAAAACUUGUUUGUAAUAAAAGAAAAGCUAAAGCCAUAUGUAAAAUGACUAAAUAAAGGCCAGUUUUUCUAUCUUUGGACUCAUUACUAGUGUUUGAUCUAUUUUUCAAACACUAACAUUAACUGAUCGCAAAGCUGGUGUUAGAACACGUUUCAUGGCUGUUGCAGGCUGUUUCAUAUUUAAGAAAAUAAAUUCAAAAAGUAAAAUAAACUUGGGCUCCACUGACAA